GAAAGAGACUGAGAGAGAAAAGAAGCGAUGGCACACUACAGAGCGAGCUCAGAGGAAGAGAACAUGAUGAACAGGGCCAGUAGUCGCCGAAAAAUCGAAGAAAAAGACGAAGAGGAAGCCAUGAAAGUAGCGGCUAUGGAGAAGUUGCAGCGUCUUCCGACGUACGACCGGGCAAGGAAGGCUGUUCUUAGAGGGAUCACAGGAGGUUUCAAGGAGAUUGACAUGAAAGAUCUUGGCUUCACGGAGAGAAGAGAGUUAUUCGAUAGAGUGAUGCCGAUGGAUGACGAGGAUUGGCAUGGAGAGUAUCUACGGAGGCUUAAGAGUCGUUUCGAUAGAGUCUCUUUGAAUCUACCAACGAUAGAAGUCCGAUUUGAGGAUUUAAACCUGACCACAGAAGCCUAUGCAGGAAGAAAAGCUGUUCCCACAGUCAUGAACUCGUUCGUUAACGUUGUAAAAGGUAUUGGGACGAAAAUCGGAGUUCUUCGGAUUCAGAAAAAGAGAAUCUCCAUUCUUAAGGAUGUGAGCGGGAUCAUCAAACCCGGCAGACUGACUCUACUUUUGGGACCACCGGGCUCUGGAAAGUCUACCUUACUAAAAGCAUUGUCUGGAAAGACAGAAACUGGACUAAAAUCUACUGGGAAAGUGACAUACAAUGGGCAUGAAUUGCAUGAGUUCGUGCCAGAAAGAACUGCCGGCUACAUUGACCAAUACGAUGUUCACUUGCCGGACUUAACAGUUCGAGAAACAUUAAAAUUUUCUGCAAGAUGCCAAGGAUUGGGAACAGGCUACGAUAUGCUUGCGGAGUUACUGAGACGGGAGAAAGACUUAAAUAUCAAGCCAGAGCCUUACCUCGAUGCGUUAAUGAAGGCAUCGGUUAUGAAAGGUCACAAGGAGUAUGUAGUCACAGAUUACGUUUUAAAAGUCUUAGGACUUGAGAUGUGUGCUGAUACGAUAGUUGGGAAUCAUAUGAAAAGAGGAAUCUCUGGUGGGCAAAAGAAACGCGUAACCACUGGUGAGAUGUUGGUCGGACCAGUGGGAGCUUUCUUCAUGGACAACAUUUUCAGAUGGUUUAGAUAGCUCGACGACGUUUCAGAUCGUCAAGAGCAUCAAGCAAAUGAUCAAUGUUUUCGAUAAAACCGCUCUUAUAUCUCUUCUUCAACCUCCUCCAGAGACAUUUGAGCUCUUCGAUGAUGUCAUUAUUCUUGGAGAAGGCCACAUCGUUUACCAAGGCCCUCGGGAAAACGUCCUCGAAUUUUGUGACUCUAUGGGGUUUAAGUGUCCUGAAAGAAAUCACUACAAGAAAAUAAGGCGAUAUCCGACGGAAUUUCCGAUGGACGGAAUCCCGUCAGCUAUUUCUGACGAAUUUUCGACUGAUAUACAACGAGAUUUAAACCGUCGUAAUCUGUUGGUAAUCCAUCCGAUAAUACUAACGGGAUUUAGUCUGUUGGGAAUUCUGGACCAUAUCCCGACAGAAUCCUAACAACGUCCGUUAGAAAGUUUCGUCGGAACACCGUCGUUAUU